AUGCUAGAAAAUAAGAGGUUAUCCGCUUCUCCAGGGAAAGGCAAGAGAAUGCUGGAAGAAGGGGAACCUAGCAAGGAGGAGGCUACCUCCAGGGAAAAAAGCAAGAGUGCCAUUGGGAUGAAAGCCCAUAAAGAUAAGAAUGACAUAGAGGAAACUGGAAAAGAGGGCAAUGAAAUGGAAACAAACGAGUCAGAGGGUGAGGACAGCUGGAAAGAUGAGGAUGUGGGUGCAAAGCAUGAAGAAGGUGAGAAUGAGUCCAACAAUGAUAGCCCAAUUCACAGUGCCAGCCCUGGCAACGACAACAACCAACCUAUGAUGGAUGACAAAAGGAAGGAAGAUGAUAGGGAUCAAAAGCAGUGGAAGAAGGAAAUGGAGGAGAAAGUUAAUAAAAUGGCUGCUUAG